CAGACUUUCAGUAUUGAAUAAAUCAGUACUAACUGUUCUGUACUCACUAGUAUUGUGUAUUCAAUUCGUACUCAACUAAUUUCGUCAUGAUACUGUAAAGUUGUAAUUUUAUUUAACUCUGACUUGGUAGUGCCAGUCUUGUUAGGCUCGCCUACAGGAAAUAUUCAUUUCGUGAGAACAUUUUUAACAAUAUGUACUUAGAGAAAUUGUUGCAUUUUUUUUUUUUUUAAAUUUCCUUCUUUUAUAUUCACAGGUAACAACCAAACAUUUAAACGAUGUCAAACAGCGGAACUGCAUCGGCUGAUUCACUACCUAAUGUUGCUGCUCAUCUACCUUCAAUAUUUAUGUCCCUGCGUACCAAACUUCCAUCUCACGUUUUAGCCAUUCGGCCGUGGUCUCUAAGCGCAUCAAUAAUACCGACUUUAUUAGGCUGUACCAUAGCUCAGAAAUUAAAUUCCAACAUAGAAUUUAGUCUUCUGACACUGCUGUUAACUCUGCUAACGGUCGCUUUAGUUCAUGGAGCUGGCAACGUGGUAAAUACCUAUUAUGAUUAUGUCCGUGGUAUAGAUGGCCGCAAUAGUGAUGAUCGAACACUGGUAGACAGAAUACUUUCUGAAAAUGAAGUGGAAAGGUUAGGUGCUAUUUUAUACUUUUUAAGUUUUGUUACAUUUUUUUGGCUCGCUAUCAUAUCUCAGGCAAAAAUGGCUCAUCUAGCUGCCGCCUAUUUAUGGGGUUUAAGCAUCUCGUUUUUAUACACGGGUGGAUUUGGUUUUAAAUAUAUUGCUCUAGGAGACCUUAUAUUUUUGAUACUGUUUGGACCUGCAUCAGUUCUAUUCGCUUAUUUAUCUCAUACUGGACAACUUAAUUUAGAACCAAUAUAUUAUGCUAUACCAUUAGCAUUAAACACUGAAGCUAUAUUGCAUAGUAACAAUACAAGAGAUUUAGAAAGUGACCGAAAAGCUGGUAUUGUUACACUGGCUAUAUUAAUUGGUCGAACAGCUUCAAUAAUUUUUUAUGGAUUUUUGUUAUUUACUCCUUAUAUUAUGUUUGUUGUCCUAUCUGUCAGAUGUUCUAAAUGGUUUCUAUUACCAUUAAUUACUAUGAGCUAUGCUUUUAAGAUAGAAAGAGAAUUUAGAGACGGUGUUAAUAUUCAAUCUGUGCCUAAGCGAACUGCUAAAUUAAAUUGUAUUUUUGGAAUUUUGUAUAUAUUAGCUGUAAUGGCAGCUGACAAAUCAAAUUUGCCAUUUAAUAUUAACUGAGAUAUUAUAUUUGAUUGUUAUUAUAAUUAGUAUCAAUGUUCUUACAGUAAGUUGUGAUGGUCCUAACAAUGUUCCUUAGGGUAUAUAAUUAUUAAUUAUACAUUGAGAACAUUAUUCUGAUGUUUUUUAAAAAACAGUUUUAUAUUUUUUAAUCUGUACAUGUACUAUUGUAAUAACAAAUAUUGAAUGAAUUGUUAAAUGGUCAAUACAUUAUAUUAUAUUGUAGAUAACCUUUAUUAAAAUGUCCAGCUCAUUUGGCUGAAAUGUACUGAUACUCUAUUUUUAAUUACAACUUUUGUUACAUAAUAUGCUGAUAGAAAUUAUUUUGUGCAAACACAAGUUAUGUUAGAAAAUUGUAAUAUUGAUUAUAAUUUAUAAGUCAUUAUGAACAAUAUUUUAUUUAUUUUUAACAUUUAAACUCUUAAAAUUCUUAUAUAAUGUAAGUUAUCGCAAAUCUUUAUCUUUUAUACUAUAAUAAUACACCUUCCAUUCACCUAAUUUUAAUUAAUUGUUAUUUUUAUCAACCUUUUCAAAUACAUAAUAAUUUUGUACAUUUAAAGAAACAUUAAAAUGUUAAAUAACAAUCUAGGAACAGCGUAAAAUUUGAAUGACCUCGUAUAUAUAUAUAUGUGUGUGUGUUUAUAUUUAUCAAUUUAUGUAUAUAAAUUACAAUGUCAUAUAAUUAAUAUGACUUGUUUAAAUAAUAUAAUAUUGAAUUCUAUAAAUUUCAUUAAUUUGAAAUUUAAAAUGUUUAAAAUCAAAGUCUUCCUCAAAUAAAGAAAGUUUUAAGUUAUUGUAUAUAAUAUAGGAACUGAAUUUAAAAUAUUGUAAAUAAAUGGUCAAUUGAACAAUCAUUUAAUAUAUUAUUAUUGUAAUAUUUUUUUUUUUCUAUUAUUAUUAUUAACUAAGUAAUUUAUUUAUUUAUAAAUUGCAAUUUAUUGAUCAUAGAAUAUUUUAGCAAACUUUAAAUGAAUUAUGCAAAAUAUGGAAUAUAUUUUAUGAUUAUUCAUUGAUUAGCUAAUGUAACAGUUGAUGUCAAAUAAAUCAAUCAUACGACCAUGUAGUACUUAAAUAAUAAAGAUUAAAAUUGAAUUGAAUUUUAGUUACAAUAUUCAAAAAUGUUUUUUUUUUUUUUUUUUUUGUUACGAAAAAAUGAAUAAUGAAAAAAUUGUGUAACUUACAAAAAAUAAUAAUUUCAUAAUUAUAUUCAUUAUCAAAAUACUAUCAUUUAUAAUUGUGUACAUUUUUCAAUAAAUCAAACAAGACAU